ACUAAAUCACCAUCCUCGCCUCUCCAUCAAGAAUGCGUCUGCCAUGGCCGCCGCUAACAUGCUCGAGGGCGACCUAGCACCACCUUCCGUUGUGGGGCCCACCAGCUCACCGGGCCCCAUCCACGCGCGGGCCAUCAAAACAGGCACCACCGAUCUCUCCAUCUUCAACAGCCUCAUCACUCUCUACUCCAAAAACCCAUCCACUCUCUCCUACGCCCUCCGCCUCUUCAAUGAAAUCCCAUCGCCCAACGUCGUAUCCUGGACGUCCAUCAUCACCGCCCAUGCCAGCACUCCUUUCUCCCUCUCCCUCUUCCUUUCCAUGCUCCGCCACCCCCUCCUCCCCCCCCCCCCCCAGCGCACGUUAGCCACCCUCCUCAAAACCUGCGCUUCCCUCCCCUCUCUCUCCACCGGCCUCCAGCUCCACUCCCUCGCCCUCAAGCUCUCUCUUUCCCAUCUCCCCUUCUCCGGAAGCGCUCUUGUCCACAUUUACUUGAAAUGCAGCCUUCCGGACGAUGCCCGCAAGGCGUUCGAUGGAAUUCCUCACAGAGACGAGGUCUGCUAUGCUGCCGCCAUUGUCGGCCUCGCGCAGAACUGCCGCUCGGCGGACGUGAUCUCAAUAUUCGCAGGCAUGAGAUCGGCCGGCGUGGGGUCCACCAUGUACAGCGUUUCUGCUGCGCUGCGGGCGGCAGCGGAGGCGGCUGCUCUUGAGCAGUGCCGGAUCCUGCACGCGCAUGCUGCCGUUGCGGGCCUCAAGUCGAACCUCCUUGUGGGGACUGCGUUGGUUGAUGCGUACGGGAAGUCAGGCCUUGUUUCUGACGCGCGGCAGGUGUUCGAUGGGUUGUUGCCGGGCGCGAACAUCAUCGGGUGGAAUUCAAUGAUGGCAGCAUACGCCCAACAGGGCGACUCGGGCUCUGCAAUUGAGCUUUUUUACAGGAUGCCAAGCCAUGGGCUAGUAGCCGACGAGCUCAGCAUUCUUGCAAUCCUCACUGCAUUUAGCAACUCAGGCUUGGUCUUUGAAGCCAAGCAAUGGCUUGAUUCAAUGACCAAUGAAUAUGGAGUGCAACCGGGGCUUGAGCAUUACACUUGUGUGGUGGGCACCAUGGCCUGGGCAGACCAACUCAAGGAUGCGGAGAACCUCGCAAACACAAUGCCAUUUGAGCCCGACGCUGCAGUAUGGCGGACCCUGCUCUCCGCCUGUGCAACCCAUGGUGCGGUCGACAUGGGCAGGGUGGUGGGCCAUAAGCUUCUUGAGCACAACCCACGAGACGAUUCAGCCUAUGUGAUGCUCUCAAACAUCAACACAGCAGCUGGGAGAUGGCCUGAGAUGGCUGAAGUAAGGACGAUGAUGAAAGACAGAGGGGUGAAGAAGGAAGGUGGGCGGAGCUGGAUAGAAGUGCGUGGAGAAGUGCACAUCUUCUUGGCAGGAGACCGGAGGCAUGAAAGGACAGCCGAGAUAUACGCCAAGCUGGUGGAAUUGAUGGAGGAGAUUGCGAAGCUGGGCUACGUGGAGGCAUCGGAGGUGGUGCUGCACGAGGUUGAGGCAGCUGAGAAGAGGGAGGCGCUUUGGUAUCACAGCGAGAAGCUGGUGGUGGCAUUUGGGGUGGUGAGCGGGGCUGCUCCACCGGGGAAAGCUCUGAGGGUUGUUAAGAAUCUGAGGAUAUGUAGAGACUGUCAUGAGGCUUUCAAGUUUAUGAGCAGGGCUUUGGAGAGGGAGAUUGUUGUGAGGGAUGUGAAUAGAUACCACAAGUUUGAGCAUGGGAGCUGCACUUGUGGGGAUUACUGGUAAAUGAUUGAAUACAAACGAAGAAUCGAACUUGAGAGCUGAUUAUGAAACUGAGAUCCUACGACGGUGGUGACCUGAUUGGGUCAAAGUAGGUG